AUGGAGGGGGACUUGGCCACGAGCGGAGCCCGGCUGCCCGCGCUGCUGCUGGCGCUGCUCGGCCUCGCGCCAGAGCUCCUCUUCGGCCGAGUCCGGGCGCAGCCCCAGCAGGUGAUCGGCAUCCUGGGGGGCUCGGUGCUGCUCUCCCCGGCGCUGCCCCCCGGCAGCAGGGUGAAGGAGAUCGAGUGGAGCUUUUCGGCCGGCGCCGGGGCCACGAUUCAGGUGGCGGAGUUUGGCCCGGGGGGGUUCGAGCGCCCCGACCCCCACGACCGCUUCAAGCAGCGGCUGGAGAUGCUCAACGCGACGGCGCUGAGGAUCGGGGGCCUGGAGCUGGGCGACAGCGGGGUCUACGGGGCGCGGAUCAAACUGCACCCGGCGCUGGUGGAGGACCAGUCCUUCAACCUCUCCGUCUACGAGUCGGUGCCGAGCCCCCGGACCCGCAGCCAGCUCCUGGCCAGCACCGUGGAGUGGUGCAACCUGACCCUGCAGUGCCAGGGCGCCGGCAAAGGCGCCGUCAACGUCACCUGGAGGAGGGACAACGGGCGGCGGGACCUGGGCACCGACCGCUCGCAGCUGUCCCCGGACGGCACCACGCUGCGCCUGGCCCUGCAGCCCGGCACCGCCAACGCCACCUACGCCUGCACCGUCAGCAACCCCGCCGACCAGAAGGUCGUCCUCUUCGACCUGCAGGACAUCUGCCGGAGCGGGGGGGGACAGGCGACCUUCUCCAAGUCGGGGUACAUCGUCCUCACCCUCAUCCUGCUGGCCGUGAGCCUGGGGGGCGCCUUCUGGUGCUGGCGGCUGAACAGCGAGAAGUCGGCGGACCCAGCUGCCACCCCCGCGGUGCCGGCCGAGGAGGGCCCCCCCGACCCCCAGUACGCCGAGAUCGUGCGCCGGAGCCCCCCGGAAGGUAAUGACCAGGGCCUCCGUCCCCCCGAAAAUAACCCGGACCCGAGCCCGCCGGAGAAAGCGCCGGUCACCACCGUCUGCGAGCAGAUCCGCCGGGCGCCAGAGGACGCGGCCGAGGAGGCGCCAGCGGCGCUGGAGCAUCGGGACGUAACCCAAGGGCUGUGA